AUGAAUAGAAGAAAAACAGUCGCUAAGGAUACAAUAAUAGAUGUUGAGGAUCAAAUUAAAUAGAAAGAAGUAUUGUUUGCAGUAUUAAUUAAAUGUUAUUAUGAGCCUGUAAUUUAAGUGUAUAGAGAUAAUCUUAAUCUAACAGAUAUAUAAGUUGAUUCGAUUACAGGCAUAAUGUAAAAUAUAGAAAUCUUUAAAACUUGGUGUCCUGAAUCUAGUACAUUAUUUGAAUUCACUCGUUUAAUUUGUUAAAAUCUAUAAUAUGAAAGAAUUGAAAAAGAAAAUGCAGUAUUUCAUAUAGGUUAAUAUUCAAUACUAAUUUAAGGUGAAUAAGGAGACAAAUUCUAUAUAAUCUUAACUGGAAGAGCAGGUGUAUAUAUUCGUAGACAAUAAUAAUAAAUAGAAGCAGAGGAAAGUGCUAUGUUGCCUAAAAUUGAAAAAAUACUUGAAAGAAUGUAAAUUAAAACUAUUGAUGAAAUUGAAUAAGAUCAUAAAUUAUCAUUUUAUGAAAAACUAAUAAAAAAAUAAUCAAAACCAGUAAAAUAAAUAGAAGCAGAAUUAUUAUUAUUAUAUGUAGGUAAUUUCGAUAUGUAUUUUACUAUUAAUGGAAUAUGUAAAUUCUAAUAAUUGUCAUAAGUACAUUCUGGUCUUUAUUUUGGAGAUAUGGCUUUAACAACUGAUAAACCUAGAGCAGCUAGUAUUAUUGCUGUUACAGAUGUCUAAGCCUUAUCACUUAAUAAAGCAAAUUUCAAAGUAUAUAUAUUAUAUUUAUUUAUUAAUAGAAAAUCUUUGAAAAAUAGAUUAAAACAUAAUAAGAAAAAAUAGAUUAUUUUCUUAAGAUGUUUCCAACUAUGACUAAAUUUAAAAUGAGUAAAUUGAUAAUGUAUUUCACAUAAUACAAAUAUCCUGUUAAUUAUACUAUAUGGAAAUAAAAUGAUAUUGUUGAUGGAUUCUUCCUCUUAAAAGAUGGUGAAAUCUAACUCUAAUAAACAGUUGAUUUUAAUCCACUUCUUAAAUCUGAUUAGAAUCAAUUAUAAUUAUCACCAAAAAAAGAGAAAUCUAAUUAAAAAGAACUCAUUACUGUAUAAUUCUUAUUAUAUAAUAUAUAUAGAUAGCUCAUCUUACAGGUGGAUGUUUUGUUGGUGAAACUGAUAUCUAUUUGUAAAAUGAAAAAAGAGAUUAUACUGUAAAAACAUUAACUUAGUGUAAUGUGUUCACAUUGCAAUUAGAUAAUUUUGCUAUUGUUAAGAAAUCCUUUCCUGAAUUUAUAAUACCACUCUAGACUCUUCAAUAAAAAAAUAUUUAAUUAUAUAGAAAAAGAUUAGAUGAAAUUGUAUAAACUAAAAUUGCUAAUGUAAAUCUUCAUAAAAAAGAAGAAAUUAAAAAUAUAGAAAGAAGAUACAUAAAUGAAAUAGAAAUUAAAUAAAAAACAUAAAAUUCCUUUUAAGAAUAAUCAUCCCCUAUUCUCAGAUCCACUUUAUAACCUAAAAUGACUAAAUAAUAAAUGGUUGAAUAAAAUUUAUCAAUUGCUGAUUAACAUACAAAAUCUGAUAUAGCAGCUGGUAAAAAUGAGGAAUUCAAUAUGCUAAAAAUGGCUGGAGAAAAUUUCUAAAAAUGUUUGCUUAUCAGAGUUGAAAAAUAAUUCGAAUAAUUUUAACCUGCUAAACCUAAGUAAUUAUUUUAAAUUUAUUAUAUAAGAGGUAAAACACCUUAUUUUAGUAAACAUCAAAAAGAUAUUAAAGAUCUACUUGAAUAAAUUAGAAGACAUUAAUUACCUUCAGUUUAAUAAAAAGAACCUAUCGUAUUUAAUUAAUAACAAGAAGAAGAUUUUCAAAAUAAUUUGCCAUUCUUAACCAUGACCAAAUAAUAAUUAAGAAUUAUUAAUCCUUUAAUUUAAUAAAAAGUUGAAAUACUCAAAUAAUGUUUAAGUCGUUAAUCUCAUACAUCUAUUUCGAAAUCUAAAUCUUUAUGUUAGACUGCAGAUUAAUUUUAUAAAGCUAAAGCAUAACAAGGAUUCAUACUUUGUGAUUCUCUCUUUCCAUACAAACCAGUUCAUAGUACUAAAAAUAGCAAUAAUUAACAUUAUAGUAAUUUUAAAGUUGUCUAAAGAAAUAAAACAACAUAAUAAAGUUAAAUAUAAAAAAGAUCAUGUCAAGAUAUUACAGAUACUAAUUUUUUUAGUUCUUAACCUACAGUCUAAUUUACAUGA